GGGUGUUAGCCGUUGUAGCUGAUGUAUAAAGUUGCGUCUGUUUGAUGUAACGCAUAUCACCCUUAAAGAUAGCUAGCUAAACAGCAAAUUUUAGCGAUGGGACGCAAGAAGCAGGGCCAAAAGGAACGUCCGAUAAACAAGGGGAAAGACAGGCGACAUAAAAUGAAAGGAAAAUCUUUAGAGACUUUCACCGAAGAAAUGCAUGAGGUUUUGCAAGCAAGUGAAACUGCGUCGCCAGAGGGUGCCAGGUGCGUGAAGUUGCCCUGUCCUCUGGCGAUGUGGGAACUGGGUCACUGCGACCCUAAACGCUGCACGGGACGCAAGUUGGCGCGGAAGGGCUUGGUGCAGUGCCUUCGUCUGAACCAGCGCUUCAACGGGCUUAUCCUCAGUCCCGUGGGCACCAAAUACAUCACACCUGCGGACAGGGAGAUCGUGGCUCAGAGUGGAGUUGCGGUGAUUGACUGUUCGUGGGCGAGGCUUGAGGAUACGCCUUUCAAUAAGAUGAUUGGCUCGCACCCGCGGCUGCUGCCCUACCUUGUGGCAGCAAAUCCUGUGAACUAUGGCAAACCCUGCAAGCUGAGCUGUGUAGAGGCUUAUGCUGCCACUUUCUGCAUUGUGGGUUUUCAGGACUUGGCGGUGCUCUUGCUGAGAAAGUUUAAAUGGGGUCUGGGCUUUCUCAAGUUGAAUAAGACUCUUCUGGAGCGCUAUUCAGCUAGCAACUCAGAGGAGGAGCUGCUCACAGUGGAGAAAGAGUACUUAAACUCCACUCCCACAGAGGAGGAGCUAGAUCCUUUUGAUGUGGACUCUGGAAGAGAAUUUAUGAACCUCAACAGGCCAAUGGGAGAGGAAGAGGACAACACUGAAAGUGGUGAGGCAGAGACGUCCGAAGAGGAUGAGGAGAGAGAUGAUGACGAUGAGAGAAAGGAGGAGAAACUGGAGGAUGGCAGCAGUGAUGAAGAGGAGCCUCACCGUUGCAGCACUUUCACAGUAAAUGAAAACAGAGCAUGAGGCGAGUGCCGGGCAAGUCCGAAGGUCCUUGAAGGGCAGAAAUGCUGUUUAUUACGUGUUUUAACUGGAUGACCUCUCUCAUGGCUAAGCUGUGUUCAGUAUCCCAGCCCAGUGUACUUUGUUCAGCUUAAAGAGCUCACCAGUAAUUAAACCAGCCUUGUACAAAGAGCUCCAUUGGCAGUGUUGAGAAAAUUGACAUUGUUAGGUGUGUAAAAGCAGUGUGGCUGAGCAGGGACUUCAAACUAAGUAGUUGACUAAAAAUUGGAAUCAUGGGGAAAAAAACUGUUAAUUGGGAGUGUUCUCAGGUUUAGAAAGGGGAGUCUUACACUAUUGUGUGGUCAUAUUUGUUUGUUAAUUUUAAAAAAAUGUUUUGAAAAAGCAGUAAAAGAUUUGUUUGCAUAAAACUGUUUGUAGUUUAUAGCUCAUAAUUCUGAGGUGUGGGUUUAGAUUUGUAACUAGCAUGUAUAUUGAAGAAGCCCACUGCAAACUCACUCUCAAAUAUUUUAACACAACUCAUGAAGCUAAUCAUGAUUUAAUUGACCAGAGAGUGAUGAGCUGCUUUGUCACAGAGUAUGUGAUAUUCAGAGCAUCUCAAUGGGCUUUUUUCGUCUUUUUUUUUUAACUUAAUAAAUAUAAUGGGAUUUAUUUAGCUUAGAACCAUUGGGCCUUUGUACAGCAAACAAUUAUGCAAAAGACACUUUUCUGAGAAUGCUGCGGUAAUUUUUUGUUUUAGACUAAUGUCCUUAUUGGAUAUUUCAUAAAAUAAGAGUUUUAAUUCAAAAUGAUAAGGUAUUACUGGGGCAUUGUAUCAUAAUUAGCAAACCUCAGAAAAGCAUAUCAUAUAUUUUUGACACAUUUUAACAUAUCACUCACCCUUUAUUGUAUGUCGUUUUCUAGACAAACAUUUUUCGAGACAAAAUGAAUGUAACAGAGGACCUGUUUAGUGAUUUAAGACAUGCAUUCUGCAGUUGUCCCUAUUUCAUCUCCAGGCGUUAUAUUAUAGCUGGCCUUUAACAUUGCCUUUUAAUUGUGAUGUGCUGUUUUAUUGUAUGUUUUAUAACUAUAACUGUUAAGAUUUGAAUAUGGGGGGAACAGCUCUUAGAAGAGUGUGAAGGGAAAAACUAUUCCCAGCCCAUGAGCACACUAAACUGCCAUACUAAGGUAUCAUUUUGAAACCACCUGUAAAUACAUCUUCCAUCAAAACUACUUAUGUGGACAGGUGAGUAGUUACAUUCACUCUGUACCAUGUACUUAAAAGUGAUGGAUUUGUAUUUUUCUAAGUGAUUUCAAACCAUGGUGCUUUUUAUCAAAUAUUUUUGUAAGGAAAUUUUGUAUUUAGUUACAUUUACUAAUGUGUCAUGACACUUCUUUGUGUUAUGUUUGUUGGUGACAACCUAGACUAUAUGCUGUUCCACAAAAACAUGUGAAAUGUAUCAAAUUUUAGGCUAAGCCUUUCACCAAGAAAAAAAAAA